UGGCUGUCAUCGAAAACCUAACCAACAAGUUUAAUUCGGUAUGAGAUUACUCCGAAACAUGACACUUCACGAAAUGUGUAAUAAAUACUGACAUAUACACAUAUUGUUAUUGAAUAAACUAGGAUACAUGCUUAAUAGCUAUAAAAUAUGGGCAGUAAUUGGGUAAAUCAUGAUUUCAUAGAAACGUGGAAAUGGAAUUGGACAGAAUUAUGUGGAUACCAUGGAGGCAUUAUGCCAUUGAAUCCAGAUACGCGUGAUCUUGAUGUCUGCUUCCAACAACUUUGUCUCCAGAUACCAGUUUUAGUCUGUAUUGCAAUAAUAUCUGCAUAUCAUUGUGGAAAGAGAAAUACAUAUUCCCUUCUUCGUGUUGACUCUGAUCCCGCCAUAAAAUUUAGAAUUUUAAUUACUAUGUGCCUUGUAAUCCUUCCUAUAAUUAGAGCAUAUAUUAUUCUUUCUAAUACUACAGUUGUUCCCUCAAAUGAUAUACCAUCUAAUAAUUCCAUAACUCACAAAUCUAUCAUGAAAUCGUAUAAAAAUUCAAGUUCACUCUGGGACUCAUCAGAUGUAGUAUAUCAGAUAAAAGAUGGACUGAAUCGUACCAUUGACUUUACAAAAUCAAUUUUGUUUCCAAAGAGUAGUGUUCUAAAUACAACAGAACCUUCUUCUAUUCUUACUAGACAAGGUUACAAUCCAGCAUUAAGUGCAGUUAAAGAUAAAGCAACAGCUGCUAAACCUAUCGAUUACCUUGUAGCAGGUACCGAAGGAUUAGCUUGGGCUGUUCAUAUUUGUUUUAUAUUAAGUUUGAGAAAAGGAAGAAAUUUUAAUCCACGAGGCCCCGUGUCAAUUCGGGCAUUAAUACUUUUACUAAUUGUUAUUUCUGCAUUAUUACUACGAAGUCAUAUCAGACAUAAUCCGGGAAAUGAUGUUUUGCCUAAUUUGUCCUUGGGAUUCAGUAUCAGUGUAGUUACUCUACUAAUACUCUAUGCUAUAACUCUGAUACCAGGUCACGGUAGUUUCCAAGAUAUGAGAUCGUCUCAAUUUAAUGAAAUAGGAGAACAGACUGCACUGUUGAGUACUCCUAAUUCCUCUUAUGUAAGAUUCCCAGAGGAACAGGACCCAGCUUAUCUUGGGAUUGCUAUGGAGAAUGCAACAGCAAUCUCCAAACUUUUAUUUAAUUGGGUAAAUCCAUUAAUGAAAAAGGGUGUUCAUGGUUUAUUAAAUAAUUCUGACGAUCUAUUUGAUUUACCAGAAUAUAUCAGCACUAAUACAAUUAGUCAGAAAAUUGAUAAACAUUUGCAGAAUGUGCCCAGGAAUGUAAAUGACAGAAGGGAAAAUAAUGGCUUAACGUUGGAAACAGAUGUAGAAACGAUUAGAAACAAAAUGACACUGUUUCGUUUAUUACAUAAAUGUUUUGGUUGGGAAUUUUAUUCAGUUGGCAUUUUAAAAUUUAUUACCGAUUGCACAUCAUUCAUGGGACCAAUAUUAUUGAAUAAAUUGGUUGGUUUCAUCGAAGAUAAGGAUGAAUCUGUCUCAUAUGGAUAUCUAUAUGCAUCAUUAAUAUUUAUUAGUGCUUUAAUAGGAGCUUUUUGCAAUGCACAUUUUACAUUUUGGAUGUCUAUUGUUGGUUUAAAAAUUCGAUCUGCUGUUAUAACGUUAUUGUAUAAAAAAACUUUGCACUCCUCAAUUGUCCAGUUAAAGCAGCAAUUUAAUUUCGGUGAAAUCGUAAAUUUCAUGAGUACAGAUAGCGAUAGACUCGUUAAUAGUUGUCCAAGCUUCCAUGCUCUUUGGAGCAUACCAUUGCAGUUAGUUGUGACAUUGUAUCUUCUGCAUGAACAAAUAGGAAUUUCAUUCUUAGCUGGGGUGGCAUUUGCGAUAGUGCUUAUACCCAUAAAUAAAAUAAUAGCAAAUCGAAUCGGGAAGCUUAGUACAAAACUAAUGGAACGUAAAGAUCAAAGGGUCAGACUUAUAGGGGAAACACUACAUGGAAUAACUACAAUUAAAUUGAAUGUUUGGGAAGAUCAUUUUAUGCGGAAUAUUUGUAAAUUACGAGAAAGUGAAAUUAAGUAUUUGAGCGGCAGGAAAUAUUUAGAUGCACUGUGUGUUUACUUUUGGGCCACAACACCUGUAUUGAUUUCUAUAUUAACAUUUGCUACAUAUGUACUACUUGGAAAUAAACUCGAUGCAAAGACAGUAUUUACUGGUAUGGCACUGCUGAACAUGCUAAUAGGUCCACUAAAUGCAUUUCCAUGGGUCUUGAAUGGUCUUACGGAAGCUUGGGUGUCGCUUAAAAGAAUUCAGAGAAUGUUAGAUUUACCGGAUGUAGAUAUAUCAUCGCAUUAUGUGCAAUCUACAUCUGGAGUAGACUUAAUGCUUCAGAACGUCAUGUUUAAUGUAAGUACAAAACGAAUGGAGCGGAAUGACAUCGACGCUCCUAAAGAUGUUGCAACACCAUCUACUAGUUCAGAAUCUAGAAAAACUGUUACGUUCGAAGAUAGUGGUACUUUCACUCUACCCGAUAUCAAUAUUACGGUACCAAAGGGCCACUUAAUUGGGAUUAUGGGAAAAGUGGGUAGUGGAAAAUCGCUUCUUUUAGACGGUAUUUUAGGUGAGAUUACCAAACUUCGCGGAACGAUAGCGGUAAGCGACAUUGAGAAAGGUUUUGCGUACGUGAAACAAAGUCCUUGGAUACAACGCGGCACGAUUCGAGAUAACAUUCUUUUCGGAAAAUCAUACGAUUACAACAAAUAUAAGCAGAUAUUAAAGGCAUGUGCCCUCACCGUCGAUUUAAAUUCCUUGCCCAAGAAAGAUCUAACAGUUAUCGGCGAAGCCGGAAAUACUUUGAGCGGGGGUCAAAAGACACGAAUUUCUUUAGCACGAGCUGUCUAUGCGGACAAAGAUAUCUACUUGUUAGACGAUGUUUUAGCAACACUGGAUCCAAAAGUUGCCAACUAUGUAUUUGAAAAUGUUAUCUUGGGUUUGUUGAGAAACAAAACGAGACUGCUAUGUACACAUCAGACUCAGUACUUGGUUCACGCAGAUUCGGUAGUAGAAAUGUCAAAAGGUAGAAUAAUCAAUCAGAGUAAACCGAGCGAUGUUCUACCCAAUUUAGAAGACUAUUUGUUAUCUUCGGAAUCAUACGAAUCGGAUUUGGUUAUCAUGUCUAUCGAUGAUUUACCAAGAGAAAUGCCUCGGAUCAAUGAAGGCGAAACAGAUCGUUUGCUCGGUGAAGAAUGUUCUCAAAAAGGGACCGUACGUCUCGGUGUAUAUACUUGCUAUGUGAAUGCUAUAGGCCGUUAUUUAGCAAUUUCAAUAGUUCUUUCCAUGUUAUUAAUGCAAAUUUCUAAGAACGUUACCGACUUGUGGUUAUCUUAUUGGGUUACUCAUACUAACACAACAGCAACCAAUAACGCUACGGACAAUUCGAAACUUGCACGUUUAGAAUAUUUUCUAGACAGUGACGAUUUAACCACUGGUCAUUAUUUAGCAGUUUAUGCUGUGUUAGCUGUGCUCAAUUCGCUUUUUACAUUAAUGAGAGCGUUUAUGUUUGCAUAUGGUGGAAUUCAAGCAGCCAUUGUUAUACACAAACAGCUUUUAAAGGUUGUUGUACGGGCUAAAGCUACAUUUUUUGAUAUUCAACCAUUCGGUAGAAUCAUUAACAGAUUUUCAUCUGAUACAUACACUAUCGACGACACCCUGCCCUUUAUUGCAAAUAUAUUAUUCGCCCAACUAUUUGGCUUAUUUGCAACAAUCAUUGUCACAACUUAUGGUUUACCAUGGAUACUCUUAGUAUUAGCUCCGCUCGUACCAGUUUACCAUUGGAUACAAAAUCACUAUAGAUUAACAUCGAGAGAAUUGAAGCGCUUAUCUAGCGAGGCUCUCUCGCCGUUAUACGCGCAUUUUAACGAAACCCUUCAUGGAUUAUCUACUAUUAGAGCUUUUCGCACCGUAUUUCGUUUCAAACAAGAAAACGAACUUUCGCUGGAAGUCAGCCAGAAAACGCAAUUUGCGUCGAUCGCCGUCAGUCAGUGGCUCGCAUUAAGAUUACAACUUAUCGGGGUCGCACUUUUAGCAGGCGUGAGCAAUAUAGCAGUCUUACAGCAUCAGUAUAACAUAGCAGAUCCUGGCUUAAUAGGUCUGGUUAUUACAUACGCGUUAUCGGUAACCGGACUAUUAUCCGGUGUGGUGAAUGCGUUUACCGAGACGGAGCGGGAGAUGAUAGCGGUCGAACGCGUAAAACAGUAUUUAGAGAACGUACCUGUCGAAACUGUAAGAGGAAAUAAUCCACCGUACGCUUGGCCAAGUCAGGGUGUAGUUGAAUUUAAAGAAGUCGUUUUGAAAUACAGAGAACAUUUGGUACCAUCUUUGAACGGUAUUACGUUUGCCACGCGACCGGCAGAAAAGAUUGGGGUAGUCGGGCGCACAGGUGCUGGAAAAAGUUCGCUUUUCGUUUCGUUGUUUAGAUUGACAGAGAUCAAUUCAGGCAGUAUUUCUAUCGAUAACGUUAACAUACGAACUCUACAGUUGAGUGCAUUAAGAUCACGGUUAACCAUUAUACCUCAGAACCCGUAUCUCUUCUCGGGUACAGUUAGAGAGAAUCUUGAUCCGUUGAAUCAGUAUUCAGAUUUGCAUGUAUAUAAAGCGUUAGAGAAAUGCCAAAUUCAUUCGUUAGUGUAUCGUCUGGGAGGGCUUGGUGCUACAUUAGACGAAAGUGGCAGUAAUUUGAGCGCGGGUCAGAAACAAUUACUUUGUUUAGUAAGAGCAGUUUUGCACAAUGCCAAGAUAAUCUGUAUCGACGAAGCCACGGCCAAUGUUGAUCAAGAGACAGAUAAAUUUAUUCAGACGACGAUAAAAUCUUCCUUCCAAAGCGCUACGGUUAUCACUGUGGCACAUAGGAUAAGAACAAUCAUGCACUGUGAUAGAGUUCUAGUGAUGGGAGAGGGCGAAGUCCUAGAAUUCGACGAACCGAAUCUACUGAUUCAGAACGUUGAUUCUCAUUUCUAUCAUCUAGCGAGUCAAGAAUUUUCCGAUAAAGAGUAAAAGUUACGCGAUUACGUGUCUUCCGAUAAGAAUAUUUAUUUUUCUUUUCUAAUAGGAUUAUCGGCUGCAUACAGCGUAAUGUGUCUUGUACAUUAUAGAUAAGAAGACUGUAUUUUAAUCAAUAGAUUAUAAUUAUUUUCGUACGAAUUUUCGAGGACUG